AUGGGCCUAGUACACCCACUGCACAUUAUCGCGACAAUCAAGGGGCUGCGCUGCCCCAUAGCAUGCAUUCAUCUAUCAGGUGCUGAUCCCGGCUGGCAUAUGUUACAAGUUAUCAGCAGGAUACUGACGUAUCUCAAGAAGAACCCAAGGUACAUCGACCGCGACUUAGCUUACGCAGAGAUGAUGGCCGACGGAAAAUGGCGCCGGGAUGUAGAGACAGAAGAGGAGCACAUCGCGGCCGUGCCCAGGUUCCCUUUCAUACACACAUGUCUGUUCCUCGGCGCCGUCUCGUCCGACUGGUGGUCCUACUUCUUGAACCGAAUCUUUCCGCGACCAUGGAAUUCGGCCCCCAAUUGGGGCGGAAAACAUAUGUGGGAGCCAGGAUGUACGGUCAUCGACCUGACCGAUUAUUCCUACGCCUUUGUGCUACCAGCUUACCAGGCGUGCGGCACGGCGAGCAAACGAACAUACCGUAGCCUCAGGCUUCGGCCGCUUGACGGGCACCAGUGUUUUACAGCGUUCGGCAAACAGCACGACGACCCGGAAAGGGACGGCGUCUAG